AUGACUAAAAAUGGAUUCUACAUAAUUAGUUUAAUUAUUCUUUUAAUACAUCCAUUAGUCAAUUUUUCUGCACGAUACUUUACUAGUCAAUCAAAAAUGAAUAGUUUAGCAAAAUUUUUCAUUUAUUUAAUUACAUUUCUUGGUUUAACAUCAUUCGAACAGCGUAUAGAUCGUUUUAGAAAUCAUACACGUAUGAUAAAUAGUAGUACAAUUUAUUACGGAUUAAAAAUGAUCUAUUCAAUGGCUGCCAGUAUAGCAAUUUACGACGAAGUGGCAAAACAACAAAAUUUUCCUACUAAGCAGAGACAACAAUCACAUAGAAAGAAUAAUAAUUGGAAACAAAUUAGAUCAGCAUCGAGUAAUUCAUUCAACACAAAAUUAACAACAUCAAAACAAAAAGAUAAUUUCAGCAUUCAAUCAGACACUAGAAGUAGUCCGAAUACUAAAUUUUUUCACUUUAGUUCAAAGGAAAAUUUAGCGGAUAGUAGUAAUCUAGACGGUACAAAUAAAAUUAAUAGCAGUAUUAGUAAACGUGGGUGUGUUCAAGAUAUAGAUUUAGUAAAAAGAAUCAAUCAUCGAGGUGCAGGUUCAACAAAAUCGUACCCGUUUGAUUCAAAAGAAGUAUCCAGUCUUUCAAAUCCAAGGACAAUAUCGACUGUCUCAGUCAUGGGAGAUAGAGAGUCACCAUUAACAACAGUAUCAGAUGUGAUAUCGAAAUCGACGAGAUCAACAACAGGUAGCGCAACGGUGUUUGACACGUCGCAAAUUUCAACAACAACUUUACCAUCGUCUAGAGAAGCGACUCUAAAUGGUUUACAUAGUAGAAAAUCGUUGUCUGACUCGGCGACGGUGUCCAAACAAAAUGUCUUACUUCCUUACAAAGAAAAAUCGAGUGCAAUGGUAUCAGCGAGAGAAAAGUCCAAUGCCGCAUUUUCACAAAGAGGAAGAACAAGUCCAAUAUUUUCAUUCCACGAAGUAACAAGUUCGAAUGUGGCUCGAGAUAACAGUGAAUUGCUUGCAUCCAACAAGAAACAGUCGAUCAGCGAAGAAUCAGAGAUAGGUAACAGUGUAGUUGAUAAUGGUGUGAUACCAAACCAGACUCAAACGUCUCAUCUACACCAACAAGAUGGAAAAGCACAACUCCAUCCGUCUCCAAAAGACAAUAGUCCUCUUUCUCAACUGGUACAUACCGAUAAUACACUCCAAAAACAAAUGGUCAUACAUCAGAAUGUUCCUGCAUCGAGAAACGCGACCAAAUGUUCAUGUUGGAAAUUUACAGAAAUUAACUCAAAACCGUAUUUGUAUUGUCUUGUUCUUUGCAAGAAAACAGAUUUAUAUCGAAAAAGUACAAAUGAUAAAAAGACAGAUAAAAUACAACAGCAAAAGCGAGCAUUGCCCUUAUCUAGUAAAACAACAGAAAAAUAA